ACUUUUGCAUCUUCUUCGUCUUCUAGUUGGGCCGGGUUUCGCCGGAGACCUCAAAGACCUAACUGGAGAACGCCGGAAGGAGCACCAGAGAUUUCUCUAAUCCGGUGAGUUUUCAUUUCUCCCCAGUCUGUUUUUGAAGAAAAAUGUUAGCUUUUAUUGGAAAAGCGUUCGUACCGUACCGGACGAUAGAAGUAGGCGCAAGUUAUGUGCGUUAUAUUAAGACUAAGACGAUUCCAUUUCCGAAUUCAACAGAAAAAAAUUCCCUAACAGUUUCUUAUCUCACUGAAUCAUGUGGGUUGUCGUUGGAUAAAGCUAGUUCAGCUUCUAGGCUUGUUAAAAUUAGGAACACAGAGAAACCGGACUCAGUUCUUAGGUUCCUACACAGUCAAGGCUUCGCUAAACAUGACAUUGUUACCUUAAUCUCUAAGCAGCCACGUUUCCUAGUGGCCAGCCUAGAGAAAACUCUGAGACCCAAGAUUGAGUUUUUCCAGUCUUUGGGCAUGGGUGGAGAAGACCUGACCAAGAUUUUUUGUGCAAAUGACCGCAUUUUAAAGAGUAGUUUGGAAAACCAGAUAAUUCCUUUCAUUGAUUUCCUUAAAGGGAUUGUUGGGACCAACGAGAAUGUUGUGAUUACUUUGAGACACUCAUCUAGAGUUUUUAAUGCGCAGUUUGUGAAGGUUAUGAUGCCUAACAUAUCUAAUCUGCGCGAACAAGGUGUGCCAGAAGGCCACAUUAGGAGACUAAUGAUGUGUUAUCCUCGGUCACUUAUGUUUAGAGUGGAUUUGUUUGAAGAGGCGGUUAAUGAAGUGAAAGCUAUGGGUUUUGAUCCUGCUAGGAAGUCCUUUGUUUGGGCUGUCCGAACGAAGACAUGUAUGAGCAAGGCAAAUUGGGAAAAAAAGAAGGAGCUUCUGUUGGGCUAUGGUUGGUCAGAGGGAGAAUUUCAAUCAGCAUUUGUACUGCAGCCAAAUUUAAUGGCUACCUCAGACAGGAAGAUCAUGAAAGUGAUGGAUUUUCUUCUAACUAUUGUAGGUUUGAACCCAUUGGAUGUUGCUGUCUACCCAAAUAUUUUCCUUUGUAGCUUGGAGGGCAGACUCAUUCCAAGAUGGUCGCUUUUGAAAAUUUUAAUGUCAGAAGGUUUGAUAAAGCAUGCUGAUCUAGGUUGUGCCUUCAUUGUGAACAAUAAUUAUUUUGAGAAGAAGUAUGUGAUUGAGUAUGAGAAGAAUGCUCCUGAAAUAAUUAAGGCAUACCAGGAUGGGACCAGAUUCAAGGGUUUGGUAGCAGAUUGUAAGACUUGAAAUUGGCUGAAGGAAGUGGGGACUUUCAAACUGGAAUAGCUUGCAAUAUGGUUAUAGACAUGUAGGGUUAUAGUGGUGCUGAUUUCUUAGUGAUUGGGAUUUUUAUCACAAGAAUUCAGAUUUGACUGCCAUUCAGGUAUUUAUAUGUUCUGUUUGUAUAUAUUUUGUUAAGCUUUCUACAACUCUGUGAAAUGGUUGAUUGUUUAUUUCUAUUUUUGUCUAGGAAUUGACUGAUAGGCAAAUCAUGUUGAGUGCAAUGGUUAUUUUAUCAUUGUAUCUAGAUGGAUUGAUAGGGGACUGUAGCAAAAUUUUCACAGCACCUGGUCAUGUAAGAUUUUGUUUCCCAUGCCUGAAGUUUUUACUCUUGAUAGGAAAAAUUUGUUUCCAAGCUUCAAUCUUCAGUAGACUAGUUUCUACUUG